CACCCACACACAAUGUUUAACGUCCCAACAAUGUUAAACAAUAUCUUAUAAGAGCACAGUGGGUCAAACUAAAGCCCCUAUACCUCAAACCGGUCUGUGUCGUCUGCUUCUAUAGACAGCAAAAUAGGCGGCAUCCUUGCAGGCUUCGGGUAUAUCAAGCUGUCUUCCUUGCGGUCUACGUCAGGAUGAGAACAGAACAUGAUAUGGCGGCUGUCUGGCAAAGUCGGCACAUUAUAGCUGUUUAUGCCCGUAUUUGGAAUACACCCGACAGAGCGCACACACGCAAGCAAACGACGUCAUCGAGAAGCUAGCCUGACGACAGGAGCGAGCCGAUCAGAAGCGCCGCGUCACGCGCCGUUCCUGUCGGCGCAUGCGCACCGCCUCUGUUCGUUAUCAAGACGGAAGCUUCUAGAACAUUCUACCAUGUGAUUCCACUAUCGGACGGCGCCGUCUGCGCCUGCGCAUUAAGGCUAGUUUGCCUUUUUAAACGCACAACGCAGUCGCCCCCGGGAGUCACUGUUGCAACUUGUGCAUGUGUUGUGCCCGAGAGACCCUUCAACUGGACCAGGAACGCGUCUUCACACCUGACCGGACUAUGCCUUUCAUGUGUGUGUGCGUCUGCUUGUGCUCGGACAUUUGGCCGUUCUUCGGGGAUACUUGGAAACCACCAGGACCACACCGCCGAGGGCCUGCUUGGAAGGAGCCGACUCGGAACAACGGGCUUCGUUAACUAAAGGUGAACCACCUCCGCGUGGGUGUUUGCGUCUAGCGAGAUUGCGUUGACUAUUGCUGCGCUUGGUUGGGUCAAAUGUUUCUCGAGCCGUCGCCAUGUCGAGUCCUGUCCAUGACGGAAGCGUGAGGGGGUGUCUUCGCACACGAGCUUCAGGUUUAGCGAACACUAGGAAGGACUAGCUUGUAUAGGGUUGCCCCCUUUUACGCUUGCGUUGUGGACGGCGACUCGUUCCGAACGCCGCUGCAAACGGAGCACGUUAUCGUGUCAAGGAAUGCCCGCGCGCGUCACAGGUGCUCUUGAACGAUAAGUGCUUUCCGGGCGCAGUUUGGCAUUCGGAAUUCGGUAGUCGGGUGAAACCGAAGAACGGGGGUUACAGCCACGGUGUGUCGGUACCUUUGCCAACUUUCUUUCUUUGCAGAUCUCCAACCGUCCUUUCGCAUUUCAACGACGCUUUUUUUUCGCGUGUUAUGAAGAACCCAGCCGCGCCUUUUGGACCACCGACAUUCAGCUAAACCGCUGCGUUUCCAAGUGAGUACAUCAUGCCUUUAUUACUUAUUGUCUUGCUUAACCGGUUCUUCCGCUCAUUGCAGAUCCAAAGCCCAUGUGCGCCUCGCAGCAACAUCCUGGAAACUGCGCACCGCCGUGCCGUGCGACUUCCAUGACCCAGUGUGUUCUUCGGCCAUCUGCGGGAAAGUGCCGACUCAUCGUCAGGUCUGCGACCACGGCUGCAACAUUUCUUAUCAUGGGAGCCUCUUCGCCGUGGUUUUUGGAAGCCUUUUUUUCGUGGCACCGACCUUUCGCUCAGCGCCCGAGCCUUGCUGCUUUUUUCCGUAGCGUUUUUCGCGCCCGACCGUCACCGCAUUAUCAGGUUGCGCGUACGUUUAGGGUCCUGUAUGGGCGCUCGGACCACGGUGCUCCUGGCUCGACUACACGUGCCCUUGUCGAGGAGCCUUGCAGUCACCUUUGCCGACGAGCUUCGCUGUCACCUCGUGUUCGGACGUCUCGGUGGAAGCGGUUCUUCCUCGUCCCGUGUGCCCGUUCCAGAAAUCCUUCUCGGCCAUGGGCUCUGGUCCGCACUGCUGCGCCGCCACCAUCGGGCUCGGCCAUCACAUUUCCAUAUCCCACGGCUUUUGCGGGCGCCGUUUCCCAUGUGCUGCCGGUUCUGCUGCCUCAUGCUGCUGCUGUGACUGGCUUCGUGCUGUCGUCAUACCAUCUGUCUGAGCUUCCCUGGCUACCACCGACCUCGGCUACCACAUCGUGCUCUUCAGGCGGCUGCUGACUUCUCUUCGCAGUGGAAGUUCCCCUACCAGCGGGGAGCUGCCGCACAACGCACAUGGCAAUGCCAGAAUAAAAAUAAGCGUACU